AUGAUAACAGAAUACACUAAGAUGGAGUCUAGUAUAAACAAGAAGAAACAUGCAGAGAACGGAAUAGAUGAUAAAUGUAAAACCAGAAACUUGUUUUCUAGAAAUCACACAAUAUUGUGUACAUUCCACCUCAAUUUAAAAAUGAAGCAGAAGACCUCUCUUUUUCUCUCAUUUCCUCAUUUUUCUCUCAUUUUGAUAUUAUCUUUUUUGUCUCACAAAGAGGUCGUUCGGCCGACAGUUUGCCGCUAUUUAUCUGCAAUCCUACUUGAAAUCACUGUCUUGGAUAUACGCCGACUUGUCCAGCCAUCUCCACCGCCGAAACAGAAUUCUCCAAAUUGCAAAUCCGUGCCAAAAGGAGUAGUUCACCAAAUUACUUUGACACCAAACAAGAAGCAACAGAAAUCCACGUCGACACCUCCAACAUCAACAGUGGCUUGGAGAAACAGAAGAAAAUCUAAAUCAGGAAUAAGUCUUUCCAAUUCUUUAAGCGGCAGUACCGAGUCCAUGGAGAAUGUUAAACCAAAACAGAAAGGUCCCGUCCCCGCGAAAAUGGUGAAAAGUGAGCGUUCAUUGAUUGGAUUGGAUGGAGAAAGUCUGAAUGGGUAUCCGAGGAAUGCUAGGAACAUUGUACUUGAGAAGAAAUCAUCUGAGAAUCAAAGAUCUCCUAAAGAUUCAGGAAUGGACGAGAGUGAGACCAAGGAGUCAGUAUCCUUGGCCGAGGAUGAAGAGCAACGUGAUACAUAUCGGAAGUUAUUCAAGGACCUUGGGAUGGCCUCUCAGAAAAUGACACUUGACGACUUCAAAUAUGAAUUCAGUGAGCUGCCUGGGGAUCCACCAUCGGAACAAUGUAUGGCUUUCAAUAAUGGAGCGAAUUCCAGAAAGAACAGAUAUUUCAAUAUUCCAUGUCUUGACAGUUCUCGAGUUCGUCUCACAUUCAUGGCCCAGAAAAACAAUCCAUCAUCUGACUACAUCCACGCGAAUCAUAUCAAAAGUCCCUUCUUGAAAAGUGGAUAUAUUUUGACCCAAGGACCAAAAAAAGAAACGAUUGCUGAUUUUUGGAGGAUGGUUUGGCAGGAGAGAUCAAAUGCAAUUGUGAUGUUAUGUCAGUUUGUGGAAACAAAUCGAGAGAAAUGUUGUGAAUAUUUCCCUCGAAACGCAAAUUCCACCCUUCGUUUCGACAAAUUAACAGUGACUUUCGAGGAAGCAACCAAUAAUAAAAUGGUCGUUUCAACUCGUUUAAAUCUAUCAUUUGAGGGUGAAUCUCGAGUGAUUACUCAUUUACAAUGGAAAGAAUGGCCUGAUUAUCAAGUGCCUGGAUCAUCGGAAGUCAUGUUGAAGAUUCUCAGAAAAAUCCGAGCAAGAACUACUCCACCGAUUAUUCAUUGUGCUGCUGGUGUCGGAAGAUCUGGUACUUUGGUGGCGAUUGAAAUUGCAUUGCAAUCAAUCAACACUCAUUUCAAACUACCUGAUAUCAAACAGAUUGUGACAAAUCUCCGUUUGACCGGUCGUGCAACAUCUCUUCAGCAGUACAUGCUCAUCUGGAAAGUUCUUCUGGAUUUCGGAGUUUCGAACAAAUUGAUUUCGGAAGAUUCGGUCGUCAAAUUUGCAUCCACAUAUCAUUGUUCUCUUCGCUCUAAUUCUUGA